AUGCGCCGCGUUCUCCUCGCGUCGCUGCUGGUCUGCGCGCGCAUCGGCGCCGACGACUGCGAGCAGUCCGGCACGCUCACCUUCGCCUACUUCGCCGUGGGCCAGCGCACGCUCACGAAGGCUCGGCGGAGCGCCGUCUCCGCGAAGCGGGCGCACGGUGGCCGCGCGCAGACGCUGCUGCUGACGGACCGGCGCGGCGUCGCCGCGGCGACGGCCGAGGCGCGCGCGUGCGCGGCGUCGGCGGCCGCCGGUCCGGCCUUCGACGACGUCGUCGAGCUCGCGGAGGCGGAGAACGCGACGGCCUUCGCGGCCAUGCCCGAGUUCGUCGCGUUCCGCACGUUCGUGACCGCGAACAAGCUCCAGUCGCGCCACGCGGCGUGGACGGACCGGGACAACUUCAACAACCGCGCGGUCAGCGACCUGCGGCUGGCGAAGAUCCGCUCCCUCGAGGCGGCCCUCAAGCGGUCGCGCGCGUCCGCCGUCGUCUUCCUCGACGCGGACACCGUCGUCUGCCGGUCGUUGCUGAAAUACGCGUGCGCGGCGGAGCGCGCGGCCGCGGACGUCGCGUUCGUGCCCGUGCCCGUGCCCGCGGAGAAGCUCCACGCGUCGCCGCAGCUCCGGCGGACCUACGGCGUGGCGCCGGAGACGCCCGAGGCGAACACGGGCGCGCUCUUCCUGCGGCGGACGCCGAAGGCGCUGAGCCUGCUGCGGUACUGGGGGCUCCGCUACGGCGAGCUCCGCGCCGCGGACCCGCCGCAGCUCAUGGACCAGGUCGCCUUCCGCGCCGCGCUGCACGCGUCGCGGGCCAAGUGGCUCCCCGUCGAGGAGCGGGCCAACUGCCGGGGGCGGGACCACCUGACGCGCGCGCACGCGCCGUUGGCGUGCGACGGCGUCGACAGCCGCGCGCCGCAGCUGAGGGAGCAAAUCAUGAAGCACACGGGCAGCUUCGUGAGCCGGUCCGACGACCCGGAGACGUCCCUGAAAGCCCUGCGGGCCAUGGAGCACGUCGUGGAAGCGCUCGACGGCGGCAGGGCCCGCGACCGCGUGGGAAUCGACCGGCGAGAUCGGGGCCGAACUUCAGAAGUCUCUCGCUCGGUCACAUCGAAGUCGAUUCGGCUGAUGUUUGGACGAAUCGAUUGA